GGACAGUUUGUACUGGCUCAAGGAAACGUGUGAUGUGGAGGGAAAGAGUUUAUUUUUGUCCUACAUAAAUGAGUAGAAGCACUUGGAUGAGCAGAGGACAAGAGAGGUGGUUGAUACCCCUUAUCCCAAGUACUUGAUACUGCAAGUUCCCUGCCUUGACAGCAAUCAUCAUGGAUAGUGUGUUCUUAACAGAGGACAAAGCCAACUCUGUGUUAAAAAGAUACCCAAGAGCCAACACGUUUCUGGAAGAAUUAAAGCAAGGUGACAUAGAACAUGAAUGCAGAGAAGAAAUCUGUAGCUAUGAAGAAGCAAGAGAAGCAUUUGAAAAUGAGGAAAAAACGAAGGAGUUCUGGAAAGUCUACAAAAACGGACUUCAGGGAGAAAGUAACACAGGACAUACCUGGUAUUCAUUUUACCUUGCGUUUCCAUUAAUCAUUGGCCUUUUCGUUAUCCUCAUUGUCAUUUUUGUCAUAUGGAGAUGCCUGUUCAAAAAGAAAAUGCGUAGACAGUCGGUGUACGUGCACAGGGGAGCCCCCGGAGCGCUGGGGGACGGUGCUGUGGCUGAUGGCAGAGGCCCUGUCCCGCCGCCCCUCAGCAUUGUUCAUUCCCCACAGGAGGAAAUGUAUGAAGUCAGUGGGCUCUCCCCGGGAGGUCUGAGCUAUAUGGAUGCACGGUCGGACUCGAUAUCCACCAGGCUCUCAAACUGUGAUCCUCCUCCUUCCUAUGAGGAAGCCACUGGUGAGAUCAGUGUGAGAAGAAGUGACACUGAGCAACAUUUAGAUCCCCCCCCGCAGUAUGAAGACAUUGUGAAUUCCAGCUCAGCCAGUGCGAUUGCACUAACUCCCAUUGUCACCAGUGCUAAGUGAAGCAAGAAGAAUGCCACGGACCUUUUAAAAAUCAGUAAUCAUUUUGUAGCACUUUAUCUUGGCAUAUUAUGCAUUUCUGUAAUUUAAUGGACUUGUACAAUAGAUUUCACUUUUUUUAGGUUCACUCGUUCUUUGGGUUUGGGAUUUUUUUUCCCCUACAGAAGGUCUUAAAAGAUAAGGAAUCUGUAUUGAGAGUGUAGUGCAGAUACAAGUGUGGUGCUCUGUCAUACUUCUCAAAAGUACCUCUGUUUUGAGGGAUGUCACUUGUUUCAUUCUGAACAUGUCCACAUUCCCCACAAGAUUUGCGGGAUCCCCCUCCCCUCUCUUACUGCAGACUGUCAUAAUUCCCUGCAAUAGGGAAUCCUUAAAUAACAUUUUAAUAGUUAGUUACACUAAAGGGGCCUGAUUUUACAGUAUUACCUUGUCUGGUAGGUUCUUUUUUCUCACUUGGAUUUUUGUUACAUGAUGAACCCUAUCCUGGACCCUUAGGAGGCUGAGAGUAGGAUGCCUUUGUGUUCAAACCAGGAUCUCAUUUAGAGAAUGCUGGUGUAAUAGCAAUAAUUUCAGAGUCCUAGCAGAAGAGAUGUGUUCUAAAGCUUUUGCUAUUACAGCUCAAAAUUCUGUAAAUGUUUAGAAGCUAAAAAUUCAAAACACUGAUUAGUGAAUUUAAUGGUGUUUGGUUUUGUCUGUGUUCUGCCUUUCCUGUUUUCUCUUGUGUAUUCCAGAGAUGAGAAGUAUGCAUAUGUUAACUUUAGAACUGGAAAGUUCAUGCAACAGUAAAUAAUGAAAUACUGAAAUACUCAAGAGUGGAUAAAAUCCUGGUCAUAAACUUUCUCCCAUGGUUUUCACUGGGACCAGGAUGUUAUCUAUAAGCACAUAAACCCAAAAGGUAUUACUUUUCUUUAUAAGAG